AUGCCUACCGCUACAGAGUUCUUUGGCUUCAGCGCCCAUAACUUGGGCCCUCUGACAACAACAUUCACCGCCCCAUCGAGCUGCGCGACCGGAACAGAUCACAUUGCUUUCGUCAACGCAAGUGAUCCCGUACGUGUCGGUAACCUCCCAACAUGUGGUCCUGAGACAUUUGGCGAUUGUCUUCCCAGCGGAAGUGCUAGAGAUACUGUGCUCUAUCAGACUACCAAGUGGCUGCCGGGCCAAUACUUCUACUACUCCCCAGGUAUCGCUUGUCCUUCUGGAUGGCGUACUGUCGGCGCCCUUGCGCACGAUGGUGAAGGUUCGAGUGUUUCUGGUGCACUUGCAUCCCCUACAUGGCGCGAUGAUGGAAGGUUCCCUUCGGCUCUGCCUCCCAAAGAGUUCUGGCUUGGACUGCUGGACCCUUCCGAGACCCUGGCAUUCUGCUGCCCAUCUGACUAUCGGGCCGAUGCCUAUGGACAUUGUGUCUCCACGCUUGGCCCAACUGAAUCUUACACCUAUUCUGAGAUGUGCCUUGUGUAUGACAACGACAGAAUGGUGCCAAUCACUACAUUCGAUGGUACCACACUAGGCGAAUACCAAUUGUAUUCUUUGGCUUCUGCGACCGAUGAGCCUCGAACUACCCUGGAUGACAUUUUCUUGACCCCAACGGAAGUUGCUGAGUACUGGGGCAUCGGAACUUAUGUUCCUGCCAUACCACUGAUUUACAAGGAGGAGGAUGUGAAGAAUGCUACUGAGACAGGAAGCGAUGAUAACGAAGACGAUGAUGAUACUGUCGUCGUGGACAACAGUGCCCCGUCGCAUGGAGGCGUUGUGAGCGUGCUUGGUGUGACUCUGGGUUUACUGGCUGGAGUGGGCUUGAUGAUGUAG